CUUUGAUGUUUUGUCUUUGGUUUUGUUUUUAAAUAAUAAAUAGCACUAACUAAAUACCUAGCUAGGAUAUUCACGUGCGUGAAUUAUAUUUGCAAAUUGCAAAAUUAUUUUGAUGCUUUUUCAAAGAAGAUAUGAAAACGACAUGAGAAAGCUAUUAAAAUGUUGCUAACCGAAGACAAGGAAAUAGACUUAUUCGUUGCUUCUAAGAUAGGAUCCUUUAAACACAUAAAAUACCACACGCAAUCGUCAAAGAACACUAAGAAAUGCAUAGAGAAUCUAGUAGAAAUAAAGAGCCUGCAGAAAGAUGACGCUAUCACAUGUAUGGUUUGGGGGAAUGAUGAGCAAACUGAGAUAUUGAUUGGGAGGAAGAAUCAACAGAUUCAAGUAUACAAUACUCUCCAAGGCUUCACAAAAACAUAUACUGCAGAUUUUGGUACGGGAGACAUAGUUGGUCUAGGGAAGUACAAGCGUCGGUUGGUAGCGGCUCUUGACAGCGGUAUUGUACAGCUGUGGGGCAAGAAAGAGAACACAUGCGUCCAUACAGGAGCCAAGUUGGACAUCAUGAGACUGUGCGAGCAGGACAACACUCUGUUUGCCACUGGUGGUGAAGAAAAUGACCUCAAAGUAUGGAGAAUAGGUGACCAAGAACCAUUCUUCACAGCGAAAAACCUUCCUCACGACUGGUUGCAGCUUCGCAGACCAGUCUGGGUGACAGACUUGACCUUCCUGACCCAGGAGUUGGUUGCCGUGUGCUCUAGACACGGCUACGUUAGACUAUACGACACUCGUGCGCAGCGCAGGCCGGUCUGCAAUGUGGAUUUUGAAAACAUGGCGGCCACUUGCAUCACACGGGGUUUCGAUGAGCGGCAAGUGUACGUAGGUUUCGGCAGGGGCCAACUGCACCAAGUGGACCUGCGUCGGGGUAAGCCCGACAAAGGCUACAAAGGCGCAGUCGGGGCGGUCACCAGUAUAGCGCUGCACACCGACGGACUGAUUGUUAGCACCAGCUUAGAUAGACAUGUCAGAGUGCAUGCUCGACAGAGCAAGGAGUUGCUCUACAAGCAAUAUCUCACAUCCAAGCAAUGCCGUGUUCUGGUGCAGUCACAAAGCCGUACACCGCUGCAGAACCCUGAGGUGAAGGAGGAAGACCAGCUCCAGGAGUUGGAAGUCAAGGCAGACGAUAUGGACGGCAUCUUUGACUCCAUGGAGAUUGUUGGUGAAAAACCACGCAAGAAGCACAUAGAAGCAUUGAAGACCGCAGAGGCGUUUGAGAGUAGCGAAGCGAAGAAAAUGAAGCCUUCAACGGAAGGAAGCACUGCGGAAGACAAGAUACCAGACGAAGCGAUCGCGAAGCUCCUCCGAAGCACGGAGAAGCAGAAGCGUAGAAUGGAGAAGCGCAGGCGAGAGAAGAAAGCAAAGAGUAUUUAUCAUAAUGCUUGAAAUAAAACUUUUACUUAAAGUU